AUGACUGCCAUCCAGAUCGCCCCAGAUCAUCUGGGCAACUUGUCCCACGACCAAAACGAGAAGCUCAAGCAGAUGUGGACUUACGUCCUGAACAUGCUGGAACCCGUCCACCGACCCAACCUCAGCAAAUCCCAAGACGACGGCUCCGCCUAUACCCCCAAGCUAGCCCAGUCCCUUCAGCAAACCAACUUCAGCCGCUCAGACCUCAAGUCCCUUCGAGAAGCUCUAGACUCGGUGUCCUCAAAAGCCCUGUUCACAGGUCUCCUAAACGCGCUGAAGCAGGAAUCCCCAGACCGCUUCCUUCUACGCUUCCUCCAAGCCCGCAAAUGGGACACAGGCAAAGCCUUUGCCAUGCUGGUGCAUGCGCUCAUGUGGCGCAACAAGCACAUCAACGUGGACGACAACAUGGUCGCAAACACCGAGCUACAGGCGCUCCAGCACUCCCGGGACCAGUCGGACCCCCAGAGGGCGAAGAUCAGUCAGGCGUUCCUGGAGCAGCUGCGCAUCGGCAAGUGCUUUAUGCACGGGACUGAUCGUGCGGGCCGUCCGGUCUUGGUCCUGCAGGGGCGACUGCACAAGUCGACGGAGAAGAGUGACGUUCUGAAUCGGGUCAUUCUGCAUAUGAUUGAGACUGUGCGGCUUAUUCUUGUGCCGCCGGUGGAGAAUGUGGAAUAUGCGGCUGCAAAAUUCCUCAUCGAGUGCGCACAAACUGCCUAUCCUGAAAUCCUAGGCGCCAUGCUCAUCCACAACGCGCCGUGGGCUUUUGCAGGCAUCUGGAAAACCAUGAAAAGAUGGAUUGAGCCGGACCUAGCUGCGCGGAUCCACUUCACCUACACCACCGCGGAGAUAGAACAGUUCAUUGCUCCAGAACGGCUAGUGAAAUCCCUCAACGGGAAGGACGAUUGGACGUUCCAGUUUUUUGAGCCGGUCGAAGGCGAGAAUGACAAGAUGGGAGAUACUGCCACGCGUGAUGAGCUGAUGUCUGAAAGAAUGGCGAUUGGAAAGGAGCUCCUCGUUGCUACCUCUGAAUGGGUUGCAGCAGGCGAUGCGCAGACGACAGCGUCCUCGAGGGAAGAGCUUAUGGAUAAGUUGCGCGUCAACUAUUGGAAGCUUGAUCCUUAUGUUCGCGGAAGGGGGAACUUGGAUCGCACUGGUAUUAUUCAGCCUGGAGGGGUGAUUGAUUUCUAUUCCGAGUUGGCAUCCAAGUAA